UAAAAGGCCGUGACACCUUGCUCUCAGAAGAACUGAAAACAUUGGUUAAUACACGAAGUUAACAGGCCUGUUUCUGUAAAGGCACUUGCUCAAAGUACGACAGAGACGCCAACGUUAUUGUUGUUCGUUCUGGUAAAAGAAAGGUCAGAGGUUGAAGAGUCAAAGGUCAGCAGCAUGGCGUCCGGCAGUGCGAGCAGCGAAGAGGAGAAGAGCCUGCGGGAGUGUGAGCUGUACGUGCAGCGGCACAACGUCCAGCAGCUGCUGAAGGACUGCAUCGUGCAGCUGUGCACCUCCAGGCCAGACCGCCCCAUGGCCUUCCUCAGGGAAUACUUUGAGCGACUGGAGAAGGAGGAAGCCAAGCAGAUCCAGAAUCAGCAGAAGGCGAGUUCUCGCUCGGACUCCCGGGAGGAUGAGGUGUCCCCUCCCAUGAACCCCGUGGUGAAGGGUCGCAUGCGGCGAGGAGCCAUCAGUGCCGAGGUCUACACGGAGGAGGAUGCCGCCUCAUACGUCCGCAAGGUCAUACCUAAAGAUUACAAGACAAUGGCAGCUCUUGCCAAAGCCAUAGAGAAGAACGUGCUCUUCUCCCACCUUGACGACAAUGAAAGAAGUGACAUCUUUGAUGCUAUGUUCCCAGUCACGUAUAUUGCUGGGGAGAUAGUCAUACAGCAAGGUGAUGAGGGAGAUAAUUUCUAUGUCAUCGAUCAGGGAGAGAUGGAUGUGUAUGUGAACGGAGAGUGGGCCACAAACAUCGGCGAGGGGGGCAGCUUCGGCGAGCUCGCCCUGAUCUACGGCACUCCCCGUGCCGCCACCGUUAGAGCCAGGACCAACGUCAAGCUGUGGGGUAUUGACCGAGACAGCUACCGGAGAAUACUCAUGGGGAGCACUUUAAGGAAGAGGAAAAUGUAUGACGAGUUCCUUAGCAAAGUCUCCAUCUUAGAGUCUUUGGAUAAGUGGGAGCGCCUCACGGUGGCCGACUCACUGGAGCCAGUUCAGUUCGAGGACAGCCAGAAAAUUGUAGUUCAGGGAGAACCGGGAGACGAGUUUUUCAUCAUACUGGAGGGCAGUGCCGCUGUUUUGCAACGCAGGUCAGAGAAUGAGGAGUUUGUGGAGGUCGGACGGUUAGGACCCUCUGACUACUUCGGUGAAAUUGCUUUGUUGAUGAACCGUCCACGUGCCGCUACGGUUGUGGCCCGUGGUCCGCUGAAGUGCGUGAAGUUGGACCGACCCCGUUUCGAGCGUGUCCUCGGGCCCUGUUCCGACAUCCUCAAACGCAACAUCCAGCAGUACAACAGCUUCGUCUCGUUGUCCGUCUAAGGAAACCCGUAGGACCACCAACCUCCACCCCCUCUUCUCUUUCACGCCUUGCCCCAACCCCUCAACCCCCCCUCAGCCCAGACCUCACAGUCAGGCAGGGUCUCCACAGUAUGCUCUUUGCAUUUGCCGUUUCCUCCAGGUUUUUUGUUUGUUUGUUUGUUUGUUUGUUUGUUGGUUGGUUGGUUGGUCGGAUGUUUUUUUAAGAGCCAGGAGCGGCACCCCCUUGCACUUCACCAGCUUGACACCUUUUUUUGUGGUUGUUUCGUGCACCUGUUAAGUUCAUUGAAGAAUGGGAUGUUUCUGUUGACGCGACAGUGCAGUAAUGGUUUUGGCGGAGGCUCGUGGAAGAGUAGACAAUCAGAUUGAAAUGUUCUCACUUUGCUUUUCACGUGUGGUUGUUAAACGUGGCUUUUAGCUUUUUUUUUUUUUUUUUUUUUAAAGGUUUUCUGAGUGUGAGUUUGAAAAUGAAGGAUAUCUUGAAGAAACCAAAAGAGAGUGUGAAAAACAAUAAUUAAAAAACAACAACUGACAUCAAUACACUUGAAAUUCAUACAGGCCCGAAUUACAAUGUUGUUUGGUAGCUUCUUGCUUGACGUUACUCCUGAAAAAACUUUCAGAACUUGCAGUCAGCCUUAAUGUGUGUGGAUCUUUCGUCUUUUCCUUGGGUUCUCCUCUGAAGUCAACUCGUUUAUGAAUGGACCAGAGUAGUGUAGGCACAGCUCCAGCAAUCUGACCUGAGACCUUUUCUGGAACACUUAACCUUCCAACAGACUUCUAGAAUGCCAGAUAUUUAACCUUGCUUUGAACACGGCCAAUCAAACAGAAAAAAGUCAGGUUCCAAACACACCUUAUGUCUCAGAUAAAGUCGUUCCGAAUGUGAAUGUUCACACCAGGGGUUUUAGUUAGAUUGGAUAUUGUUAGGGGGUCUGUGGAAAUGAGCAGGGUGCGGUUGGUUACAAGACAACAGUAGAGGGCAUUUGAUUGUUACGUAAUCCUGUGUCACUACCAUCAGUUUCAAUACAGUAGGUUAUUCUGGGUUUUAUGGCUUAUUCUCUGGCAAAGUGAUUUGUUUUGCGGGGGUUUUGUGUGGGAGAAAAUUGAGCAGCAUAUUUUUGCUUAUCUUAACUGUUAAAAAGGGUUGUAAAAUGUUUCAGUGAUUUGAAUUUUUCAAUUCUCAACUCUUGAAGUUUCUCUUCAGUAAUUGGUUGGUGUCAUUUGCUUCCGAGCAUUGCUCCGUUCUGUUUAGUUUUGAAACUAGUGCCAAACAUUGAAAUUUAUGUGUAUGGCACAACAAUUCAUUGCUGUUGUGAUUUUACAAGAGAAUAUAUUAAGCCAGUUCAAUCGUAACAAGACAAAACUAUGAUCAGAUCUUACUGGGAAAAGCUGUUUUAGACCAAAAUGUAUCGUUAUCAGUAUUUAAUGUCUCGUCAGUAUCCGCCACUUACUACAUGUUUAACCAUUUGCGCCACCAUUUUAACGUUGUGUAGAUUCUUUGAGUAAGAAAUCUUCUACAAAAACACCAUGUUAUUUAGGAGUGCCAUAAUAACAGAUGUGAAAGCUUUGCUCUGUUGUAAGAAACCCCAAACAAGAGCACAUCAAACCAUACUUAACUUUCACAACAAGCUCCGCGCUCAAAUCUCUGACAUGGCCUCAAAUAGGAAGGGACACUGUAUUACGGAGACUUGCGCCAAUGUACUGGGUGAUCAACCCCAUGCAGACAAAAUGGAGUCAUUCUUUUUUUAAGUCGUUCUGAUAUCACAUUUCACGCUACAAAGUUUAUUUUACUGAGUAUCGUGAGGAGUUGUCUUCUCAUUGGAAUGUGAACUGCAUGUGCAGCAUCCGAAUGCCAUGGCUGUUGGUUACCUGAAAUAAACAGGUGACUGGUGUUGGCAAGUAACCCAAGAAGACAAAAAAAAAAGGAAAUGCAAGCUUUUUGAUGUACAGCUUCAGUGCUGUGUAGUACUAGGGGCACUAAAUUGCAGUCGGGUUUAAGGUCUUUUUGUGAGGGAUAAAAUGACUCCUUUUUUUCUUUCUGGAACUCUCCAUUUGUACUGUUUUACCAUUGUACUGUAAAGUGAUAUUGCUGUCCAUUCCAUCCCCAUUGCUGCCACCCAUGUAAACAUGACAAUGUUCCUACAAAGAGCUGAAAAAGGACCCCGCUUUCACCACUGACGUCUUCUCCUCUGUCGCUUUUUGUUUUGUUUUGUUAAUUAUCUUUACUGGGUGUGAAUGUGUGUGACUGGAAUUGAUGAGCGGAGGUGUGUGCGUGUGCAUGCGUGUGUGUGUGUGUGUGUGUGUGUGAGUGAGUAUGUACGUUACCAAACAGAUUAACAUAGUUUGCCUUAGCUUCUGUUACCGAGGGAGGGAACUCUCCUGCUUGCCCAUCCUUCUGAGGGUGUCACGUGACCCGCAGUGACCUCCACCUGCCGGUCGACCGAGGACCAUCUUUCUUUUUUCUGUCUUAUUUUUUAAAAAAUUCUAUUUUACCCGAUGUCUGUACAAUGUUUAAUUUCUUGUAUGUGUGCUCAGACUAUAGCCCUUUUUUGGUAUAGAUUGUCCUAAUGGCAGUUUAAGCAAUAAAAAAAUGUUGUAUUAUUGAA